AUGGAGCUUUCUCAGAAGGAAAUUGGGUUAGAUAGGUCCAAAGAUGACAAUGGUUUGAGUUCUAAUGAUUAUGUGGUUCUUGGGAUUCAUUAUCCUAUUGAUAGUGAUGAUGAUAAAGUUGUCGAGUUGGCUAACAAGAGGUCUAAUAGUGCUGGUGGGAGUAUAGGUAUGUUUCAGCAAUUUUUCAAUAAGGUUGAAGAGUUUGAUUAUCAUCCUGGGUUUUUAUCUGAUGUGAUUUCGAGGAUUCAUUUUACUUAUAGGACCAAGUUUAUACCGAUUGCAAGAUCCGAUGAUGGGCCGUCACCCUUAAGGAUAAAUUUUUUAAUUGGUGACAAUCCAUUUAAUGCUAUUGAAAAUGCUAUUUAUAACCCAAAUUGUUUUAAUACAGACAUCGGAUGGGGGUGUAUGAUUAGAACAGGUCAAAGUUUAUUGGCCAAUGCUAUUCAAAUAGCAAUAUUGGGUAGAGAAUUUAGAGUUAAUGACGGUGAUGUAAACGAACAAGAGAGAAAAAUCAUUAGUUGGUUUAUGGAUACACCAGAUGAACCUUUCUCUUUGCACAAUUUCGUUAAGAAAGGUUGUGAAUUGUCUUCGAAAAAACCAGGGGAAUGGUUUGGUCCGGCUGCUACUUCAAGAAGUAUACAAAGUCUUGUCGAACAGUUCCCUGAUUGUGGAAUUGAUCGUUGUAUCGUUUCUGUCUCUUCAGCAGAUAUAUUCAAAGAUGAAAUUAAUGAUAUUUUCAAAAAUAAAAGAUAUAGUAAUAUAUUGCUAUUAAUGGGUGUCAAAUUGGGAGUUGACAAGGUAAACGAAUAUUAUUUGAAAGAUAUUAGGAAAAUAUUGGAAUCUAGAUAUAGUGUUGGAAUCUCCGGAGGAAGACCUUCUUCGUCCCUGUAUUUUUUUGGUUACCAAGAUGACACUUUGUUAUAUUUUGAUCCUCACAAGCCGCAGCCUUCAACUAUUGAAUCAUUACUUGAAACUUGUCAUACUGAUAACUUUGAUAAAAUAAAUAUCUCAGACAUGGAUCCUUCAAUGUUAAUUGGUGUUUUAUUGCAAGGUGAGGACGACUGGCAGUCAUGGAGCAAUGAAGUUUUUGAUUCUAAAAUUAUCAACAUUUUAAAUAGUCGGAAUGAUGUUACAAUAGCCGAAGAUUCGAUGAGCUUGGAAGAAACCUUAGAACCACCAGAUAAUGAAUACGUGGAUCUUGGACCAAUGUCUCAGCAAUUGAACGGCUCACCAUAG